UUGAACUAUUCGUAUGUAUGUUUAUCCAUUUGGAUUCAUUUAUCAAUUCAUUCCUCUUAAAUUUGAUUUUAUUUUAGUUAGUAUUCUUCUCCCUCUGAUCUCCCCUCUUGUUUUUCUUCAUUUUCCUCUUUAUAUCAUCUGUUUCACCUUACACUUUUCUACAAAAUGUUUAAUUAUAGCUGUAUUUCUUACUUUCGGGUUGUUACACAGGGUUUAUUGAUUUGUUCAUUGGAAAGAAAUAUAUUGAUGUAUAAUAUAACCAUUUGUUCAAAUUAUUCACUCAUAUACUACAGAUAACUAAAAAGUAUUAACGGUUGAUGUUUUUCAUUAGAAACAAAGUUAUUUUCAACCCAAAAAAACUAUAUACGAACAUUUUUUUAAAUUUAACUAUUGUUGACUUAUAACAAAAUUGUGCCAAAAAAUGAUAUCCACUUUUGAAUUUUUCGAAUUUCCCAGAAAAACAUUGAAUUGAUCAAUGAAUGAAUGAAUGAAUGGAUGGAUGGAUACGAAGUAUGUAUCAGAGAAGGGAAAUAGUGGUAAAAGAUUUAUACAUGGAAGAAACAAAAUCUUAUCAAAACAUUAAAAGAAUGAACUAAAUAUAUAUGAGAUAUUUUAUUUCUUUAUAUAAUUGACAUUUGUAUAUACAUUACUCGAAUGUGUCAAAUUCACUAUCCUAUACAUAAAUGAAAGAUGAUAAUGUUGGCUAUUUUUAAUGGCAUAACAUUUUUUUGUCUUUCUAUCCAUCUAUCUAUCCAUCGAAAUAAUCAUUGAACUAUCAUAAAUGGAUUUUUAAUUUUAGUCCAAUAUUAAGGACAGAGUAAAUUGAAUAUUACAAUCAUACAUUACUUAUUAGGAAACAAAUUGAAUGUAAAAUAAGUAAACAACCAAAAAAUCAGAAAUAAAUAUGAAAUAGUAAAUAAAAAAAAGAGACUAGAAGGAAUGACAACCAAAGUGUCAAGAAUAGAAUGUAGCAAAGAAGGAAGUAGGAAAGAGAGAUAAGUGUGCUUUUCAUAUCAAUCCUUCCUUUUUCUUCUUCUUCUUCUUCAUCAUCCCCUCCUUCUUCUUCUUCAAAUUAUGACAAAACCAUUUUAUGCAUUCAAUAAUAUUUCAUCUAAGAAAGUUUACUUUUCAAGACAAAUGAUGUAAAUGUAUGAGAAUAGAUCUGUUUAACUAUGUUUCUAAUCAUAAUUCAUUGAAAAGAAAAAAAACACAGAGAACAACCAAACAUGUGUUGAAUAAUUCAAUCAAAUUAAUAUAUCUACUUCUUGUGAGAAUAUCGAAGCGAUCUCCACAGGAUGCACAAAUGCCAAAAAAGACUGAUCAAUCACAGUCCCAAACAUCAUUGAGAAGACCCAAACAACCAAUAUAUAUGAAUUGAAAAUUACCCUAUUGCAUGAGCCAGUGCUUCACUGAACUCAGGAGUUAACACUGUUAACUUUGUUGGACGACUUGUUUGGCAUGAAGUUAACCGGUGAACUAUUCAUGCAUGUUCGAUAAUUCUGAUACUUAAUUAUAUUUCCUUGGCAAGCCCUGGAUCAGAUUAACAAUUGAAACGUUGGAUUUGCUUAAAUUUCAAUAGUCACUGAAUAUCAUCUGUGAGA